AUGCGUAGCGAGGCAUCAGGUAGUCGCACGCUUGUCAACUACAAUGACUUAUUGGAAAUGACUGAAGACGAGUUUGGCAACAUCGCACGAGGCUUCAACCCGGACCAGGAGACAUGGUGGCACUUUGAGGGCCGAAUCCCGGAUACCAUACAGAGCUGUAUCCGUCUCCUGCGUAACGUAUUACCAAAAGCGACAAUCAGUGUCGAAAUUGAGAAGCCUGGUAGAGAGGGCCUCCCUGAGCUGGCGGCAGAAGCGGAUGUUGUCUUCUAUUCGCGAAGUUGGGCUGAGAGUCGAGGACACAAGACUCCGGAACAAUGCUUGAGAGCUGAAGGGCAUCAAAAGGCGUCACUGGCACUGUGUACGUGGGGUGAAGAUGGAGCAGCUGGGCUGUCUCGGUCGACAGGCGAGAGUAUUCACUGCCCUGCCCUGGAUAAAUCAGGGCGAGACAUUUCCGUGAUCGAUGCCGUAGGAGCGGGUGACACUUUCAUAGCCGGAAUGCUGUACGGACUGAUCUGUCACCCUGACGACUGGACCAUGGGAGCGAAGCUGGGUUUCGCUGUUCGACUGGCUACGGUCAAAGUGCAGCGGGAGGGGUUCGAUGGACUCGGAAGAGACAUGCUUGGAACGGAAAUUGGAGGCGUUUGA